CUCUCUGGCAAGACAUUCUGCAAAGGACAUCGUUCUGCCGUCCCUGAGACUUUCAAAGGCUGUGCACCACUACUCUGAAUCUUCCUCGAAUAACACGACUCACCAUGCCAUCGACAACGAUAACCGCGGCGGCCGCCUCCACGACUCUCAAGAUGACUGCUUCCUCCUCGACAGCAGCCGAAGAUCAGGACAUCUACGACGAAAUUGAGAUUGAAGACAUGACCUACGACUCGAACCUUCAAAUCUAUCACUAUCCUUGUCCGUGCGGGGACCGAUUUGAGAUCACCAUUACCGAUCUACGAGACGGACAAGAUAUCGCUGUGUGUCCGAGUUGCAGUCUCAUGAUCAGGGUGAUUUUCGACGAAGCGGAUUUGCCAGAGGUACAACAGGAGAAGAGCUGAGAUCCGGCACAAAGAAGAACAUCUCCUGCUGGGGUGUGAAGCACUCUGCGCAAAGAAGAUGGCAGCACACAGAAUCCAUUCGAGGGGCCAAAAGUCUGAAGGCGAUGCGAUGCGCUUCGCACCCACAAUACUGUCAUGACCCUCAUGGGUCGACUGUGUGGAUUUGCAGCUUACACGGCGGCGAACCUGCAGACGAUUAUUAGUUCGGCCUCUACACGACUCUCCAGGGUACCGCGGUAGCUGCUGACUACGCAGCUCACAGGUGAUAGUGGCGGAACGAGUCCGACCUUAUUCAGGCUUCUAUGUAUGCCGUUUGGCCAAGCCAUCGCACUUUCGGCUGGGCGCUUGAUCUAUCAUUCAAUGCUGGGCAAACCUCGACAGCUACUCCGUGCAACUCUUGACUCUUACAAGAACAGACUUAGCACCCCGGGAUAUGCGACUCUGCAACACUGUCCUGGGGGAUGAGUCAGGAAAACCGGAACGAUGAGUCUUUGCUACGCAUUUGAGCAGAAGUUGUUCGGUUCAACAUUGCUGGAAAGAUGAAUACGUUUGCACGGCCGAAGCGGAUCUGUAUCACAGUCAUGGUAACGGAAAACACUCAUGUUUCUCAUCCCUGCGACCAGAUGGGGAGAGGUUGUUUUCGUUACAGUGCCGCCCGACUUCUGCAGUAUCGAAUGCAAAGACGCUACCACCGGAUAGGCGAACUCCCGAGGGAGUCGUAAAGGCUCUGCCCUCUGCAUGGUACCAGCCUAGGGGUUCUUAGGAAUAUCCGUCCAUCGUUCCUGCUGACGAUCUUCCAGCCAGCAUACGAAGAUCGUCCAGUCCAAUCUAUCUAGUUUCUCUGUUCCGCUUCCGAAUCGACUCGCCUCGCGACGUCAAAUGGGGUUUAUCUACCAGGAAGACGCAACCUGCCAUAUGCCUACGGAGAAUCGAGAUCGUAUAUAAUAUCCGACCGCUUUCGACCUGAGGUUUAAUAAUGCCGUACCUCCCGCACAAACCAGGUGGCUUUCAAAAUCCAUACCACUCCAUCCACGCAAUGAAGCCAAAAAAGGGCAAAAACUUUUGUCCACCCUACCAGGAUUCGAACUUGCCUUUUUGGGCAAAGGUUCGUCUGGGUUACGGUUAACGGGUGAGGGAAGCGAAAGUGCUCUUACGCAUUUUUUCUUUGGAUUGUAUGGUGGAUUUGUCUAGUCUAGUAACAAACUCCAUCGAACCAAAGCGCCCAUUUAACUGUGGAACCACCACCAUAACAUGUUGGUCAAGAAGCGGAUGGCUUUGUCUGGAAUUGUUGGGAGAAAUUCGAG